AUGGCGUCGAGACCAGGUCUUCUCACGGAUUGGCCAUGGACUCCUCUUGGAAGCUUUAAGUACCUGGUGUUGGCGCCGCUGGUUAUCGACAGCAUAUACUCAUUUGCAACCACUCGUGAUUACGAGAAACUUUUGAUAGUGGCCGUGGCGGUGUGGCGGAUUGUUCAUAGCCAAGUAUGGAUAAGUUGGUCCCGUUACAUGACUGCGAAAGGAACCAAGCGGAUCGUGAACAAGUCCAUAGAGUUUGACCAAGUCGACCGAGAACGAACCUGGGACGACCAGAUCAUCUUCAACACUCUCAUUUUUUACUUAGCCAAAGUGUACAUCUUAGGAACCAACAUCCUUCCCUUUUGGCGAACCGAUGGAAUGCUCUUAGUCGCUCUCAUCCAUGCUGGUCCGGUUGAGUUCAUCUACUACUGGUUUCACCGAGCUCUUCACCACCAUUUCCUCUACUCUCGCUACCAUUCUCACCACCACUCAUCCAUUGUCACCGAGCCUAUCACGUCCGUGGUACAUCCGUUUGCGGAGCAUAUUGGAUAUACGUUAAUCUUGGGGCUACCUCUAGUAACGAAUUUGCUGUGCGGGACGAGCUCUCUCGUGUCCAUUACCAUAUACAUAACUUACAUUGAUUUCAUGAACAACUUGGGUCACUGCAACUUCGAGCUCAUUCCGAGAUCUUUCUUCUCUCGUUUCCCUCCUCUUAAGUUCAUUUGCUACACUCCCUCGUUUCACUCGCUCCACCACACGCAGUUCAGGACGAACUACUCUCUAUUCAUGCCAAUGUACGACUACAUUUACGGGACCAACGACAAGUGCACUGACUCAUUGUACGAAACAUCUUUAGAUCAAGAAGAAGAGAAGCCAGACGCAAUUCAUCUUACCCAUCUAACAUCUCUCGACUCCAUUUACCAUCUCCGGCUCGGCUUUGCUUCCCUAUCCUCGCACCCACUCUCUUCUCGGAGUUACAUAUUCCUCAUGAGACCCUUCACUUUAGUCUUCUCCUUCAUUGUCACUUUUUUCUCUUCUCGAACCUUUGCCUUCGAGAGAAACCGCUUCAGUGAUCUCACCCUUCACUCCCACCUCGUUCCCAAGUUCUCAUCUCAUUACAUGUCACAACGGUACAAAGAAGGUAUCAACAAAAUGAUAGAGGCGGCUAUUCUUGAAGCGGAGAAGAAGGGUGUGAGAGUAAUGAGUUUGGGGCUACUGAACCAGGGAGAAGAAUUAAAUGGGUACGGAGAAAUGUACGUAAGGAAGCAUCCAAAGCUAAAGAUAAGAAUAGUGGACGGAAGCAGUCUUGCAGCUGAGGUGGUGCUUCAUAGCAUUCCUGUUGGGACGAAAGAGGUUCUCUUUAGAGGCCAAAUCACAAAGGUUGCUCGUGCCAUUGUCCUUUCUCUAUGCCAAAAUGGCAUCAAGGUGAUGGUGUUACGUGAGGAAGAAUAUUCCAUGCUCAACGAAUUCCUGACCGGGAAUUUUAAGGAAAGUCUGGUGCUCACAGCCAAUUGCCCCCCAACGAUAUGGUUGGUGGGAGAUGGUCUAAGCAAAGAAGAGCAGAAGAUGGCAAGAAAAGGAACUCGCUUUCUUCCUUUCUCACAAUUUCCUCCAACGGAAUUCCGAAAAGACUGCUUUUACCAUAACACUCCGGCUAUGAUCAUCCCCGACUCUGCCCAAAACAUCGAUUCUUGUGAGAAUUGGCUGGGGAGGAGAGUGAUGAGCGCGUGGAGAGUUGGCGGGAUAGUACACGCGCUUGAAGGAUGGGAGGAACACGAGUGUGGUCUCGACGUUUCAAUCGUUAAUCCUCCAAGAGUUUGGGAAGCUGCUCUUCGAAACGGUUUCCAACCUCUGGUUUUGCCAUCUCUAGAGACCAAAGGGUUCAACAACUCGUACUAA